AUGGAAUUUACUUUUGAAAAUGUCGACCAAAUUGGUCCAAAUCUACCAAAUUUGGGAGAUUUGAAAAACUACCUGCGUGAGGAGAAGCCGCUUUAUUAUCAAGCGUUGGAGAAAUAUUUGCGAAAUGCGGCUCGCUUGAUUAAUGACUUAAGAGCGAAAUUGGAGAGAAGUGAGCAUGAAGCUCACGACGGAGGAAGAGUUGAGGGGACGCAACCUGAAAAUGAGGAGGAUCUCGUGCCCCACCCCCUCGAGCAGCAGCAAUGUGAAGAGCAGGAAAUGAUAGAACCAGUACCGGCACUGGUUCACGAUGAAGCAGAGGGGGGGGAGGAAGACGAAAUAGCGGAGUGGUCGCAGGUACCACACGAGCCUUCCCUCAACGAGGAAGUUGUCAAUGCGGUACCAAGGGCCCCAGUAGUGGUCCGGAAACGUAGAGAAGUGAUAGCAGCUCGUGAAAUUGUAUUGCGUUCCCGGACAAUACAAGUCCCAAUUGUAGAAGAAGUAGGACACGAGGCGGUACCAGCAAGCCCGGUAGCCUUCCAUGUGCCGGUCGUGGAAGGUUUACCGGCUCACUAUCAAGAACUGCUGGUUGUACCGGAAAUCGACCCGUAUAAGAUAAUUAGGAAUGACGACGGGUCGGUAAUAAUUGGAUGCGGCAUGUGUCCUAAAGAAUUUGGGACUCUAAAGGGAUGGCGAAUCCACGCCGCCAAAAUGCAUACGCAGAACGGUGAGUUUAACUUCAAAAAGUAUUACUAG